AUUAAGAAAAAGAUUAUUGAUUUUAUAACUUAAAUAUUUUAAUGUAUAUUAUAUGUUGGCGGAGGAAAAAGACAUUAUUCGUCAUCUUUUUCCUCCCAAGGCCGAAACAAAGAAAAAGAAAAACCCAAGGGUGCGCUGGAAGCUUAAACCUUAAUUGGAACAAUUUGAGAGGUAUGGAUAAUGAAAAGAAAAGAUCAGCAAGUUUCAGCAAGGGGUUAUUGCAAAGUGGAGAACUGUAUCAGUAUGUACUAGAGACUAAUGUGUAUCCACGUGAACCGGAGCUGUUGAAAGAGCUAAGGGAUAUGACUGCUACCCACCCAAGGGCUAUAAUGGCUACUGCACCUGAUGCAGGGCAGCUAAUUGCCAUGCUCUUGAAGCUUACAAAUGCGAAAAGGACAAUUGAAGUCGGAGUUUUCACUGGAUACUCCCUUCUCCUUACUGCUUUUACAAUCCCAGAGGAUGGCAAGAUUGUAGCCAUAGAUAUGAAUCGAGAGGCAUAUGAGAUAGGGUUACCAGUUAUCAGAAAAGCCGGUGUCGAGAACAAAAUCGAAUUCAUAGAGUCGGAAGCUUUGCCGGUCCUUGACCAGCUCCUUGAAGAUAUAAGGAUGAAGUAUUUUAAAAUCCUUCCUGGAAAUGAAAAUGGCUUCGACUUUGCUUUUAUCGAUGCCGACAAGAUCAAUUACUGGAAGUACCACGAGAGGUUGAUGAAAUUGGUGAAGGUUGGUGGGAUUGUUGUGUAUGAUAACACACUGUGGGCGGGAUCAGUUGCAAUGCCGGAAGAGUGCACUCCAGAGAUACUGAGGGAGGGCAGAGAAAGAACACUGGAAUUUAACAAGUUGCUGGCAGCGGAUCCUCUUGUCGAAAUUUCGCUUGCUCCAUUAGGUGAUGGGAUCACAAUCGUAUGCACUGAACUUUUUAUCCAAAGCUUAAACCAUUUUAAACAUGUUUGUGGUGGUUCCCUGUUCAAUUACUGUAUCAGUCAAGGAAUAAUGAAGUUAAACAAAGAGUCACAAAGGCCACCAUUUUCAUUCAAAUGUUUGGUCUUGGGCUUUCGGCUGCUUCUAGUUUAGGAUGGUAAUGGUUUGGUUAGAUUUGUCCUCCAAUUUUCUUCUAUUUAAAUUUCCUAACACUUAAAUUUAAAAUUGUUUGUUAAAUUACUCAAAAACAAAAUUAAUGCCUAUUAA